GAGAGAGAGAGGCAUGGAAGGAUGCAGGGAGGGAGGGAGCUCCAAGUGAAUGUUUCAUUUAAUGGUUGAAUCAGACUUGGAUGCACAUCUCUGUCUCUCGUGUUCCACACUUCCAAAAAGUUAUCUGAUCAACUCAGAGGCUUGUUUAGCAACAAGACAUUGUCAUUCUGGUUAUUUGUCUCCACAUUCUCCCAAUAUGAAUGAAUCUUUGAUGAAUUUCGAGUUCUCCUGCAACACAAGUCCAAGCUCAGCACCUGACCUUUACAUCAGUGUCACCAAACAGGAACCUUACCAUGUUGCCAUCCCCAUGACAGCCUUCUAUGGCAUUCUAUUUAUCUUUGGGGUCCUGUCCAAUGGGAUUAGCAUGCUUACUCUCCUCAGAGAUGCCCGCAUGAAGGUCAGUGCAAUACAGCUCUACCUGCUUAGUCUGGUUCUAUCUGACAUCCUCCAACUACUGACAAUUCCCAUCACUGUAUACCGUUACUAUUGGGAAAGCUACCCAUGGAGACUUGGAGAACCCUUGUGCAAAGCUUACUUCAUGGUGCGCCAGAUGUACUGUGCUACAACCAGCUGGGUGAUCCUUGCAUUUACUAUCGAGCGCUAUGUUGCCAUCUGCCACACCAUGUGGUCCCUUGCUGGCCUCAGGAAGUCACGACUGCCCUGUCUUCUAGGUUGGAUUUGGCUACUGGCAUUGUGUACUUCAGUACCAUUUGCCCUUGUCUACAGGCAUGCCCGAGCCUGCAUCCUGGAUUAUGGGGCAACGUCACCUGACACAGCCUUCGUGAUGUCCACCAUGUGUGAGAUGACUGAAAAGGAACCCUCACCCCUUUACAAGGGAGCACUGCUUCUGAGAGGCAUCCUUUGCUUCUUGGUCCCACUUGUGUGCAUCUUCUGCCUCUACUUACUCAUCAUUGCCCACUUUCACUACAAUAGCCGUCAGCGAAUGGCCAUGGGCAUCACUAGGGCUGUAAGUGAAGGAGGAAGUCCACAGUGCCCCCAUAAUGGGAAGCUGCUGGUUCAGGAGAAACGGGCCUUGCGGCUUAUGGGGGCUGUGGUGGUGACUUUCUUUGUGUGCAACUUUCCUGACAUUGCAUCCUCACUCAUGCAAGUUUAUGUGGAUUCGUGGUCAGGGACGGUGCUAACAGUUUACACUGUGCUCAAAUCCUAUCUGUCGCUGCCUCUGUGGUAUGUAAACAGUGCACUGGACCCCAUCCUAUUCUGCAUCUCCUCUAAAAUCUUUCGCAAAGCAUGUUGGGAAACCAUGGAGCCUCUCAGACCCAGAUGUCUAUGUGUGAACAGACAAAGAAACACAACGUCAGCGGUUAGCCAGAAUUCCACAGGCGCAGUUAGCACAUCAGCCUGAUGACUCUUAAUUGUUCCCCAUUUCAACCAUGUCAGUAUUAAUGUUAAUGAAAAAAAAUGUAACGUGUACUCUGUCUGGAAUUAACACUUCGUUCCAGCUGCUACAGGUGAAAAUAUUUUGUGUGUUUUAUUGAGUAUAUAUCGAUGGUAUGUUCUGUGUAGCAGCAUGUUUUCUUAUUUUGUAUCUGCUGUAUAAAGAAUAAUCUCAGGAACAAUUGGACCGAUUACUGAAUACAGGGGUCAUUAAAGGGAUCAAAAAAUGAUUAAAUAAUAAUAAAAAAAUUCCUCAGGGGUUCUAUUACUCUUAACAGCACAGGAAAGGAAACGAUUUGCUAUCUUAAGUAUGCAGAACCAUUAAGACUAUCUCCAAAGGGAUUUUGCUUGUAAAAAUGGAAUACGUGUCUCUUCUAUCAUUUGUGAUUGCUGUUGUUUCUGUUAUUUAUCUAGAAUUGCAAAAUUACUCUAGCCUCUCCUAUGGUUUAAUGUGAAAUUGGAAAAAAAAAAUUUUUAAUAAUGAUGUUGAUAAUGAUUUUGUGGUUAUAUUGUGGCUUUAUGGACCUUGCUUUUGCUGGAAUGUUACACUGAACAAUUCAGCACUUGACCUGCACUAUCUUUGAAUCACAGUCAUAAAAUGUUAUGUUAUAAAUGUACAGAUUUAUACAUGAUAUAUAAAUGCCACACUGCAAGAAGAAGAAGAAGAAGAAGAAGAAGAAGAAGAAGAAGAAGAGAAAAAGAAGAAGAAGAAAAUUAAGAAGAAGAAGGAGGGGAAGAAGAAGAGGAAGGAGAACAUGAAGAGGAGGGCAUAAUAAUCUAGAAUUUAUGUCAUUUUAUUAGCUUGCAUGUGAUAAGUCUGACCAACA